UUUACAGUUUCCUUGCCAUCUUCAUGCUUCCCUUUGUCUGCUUUGCGGCAUUCAUCAAAUUCAGGCAAAAUGAAACCCAGAUUCAAAUGAAAUGAACGGCUGGGCCCACCCCCCCGUUACGACAUGAUAUCGUUAUAUAUACAGCCAUCGCAGUUGAGUUUUGUGUUCAUGCUCAAUUAUUACUUUUACGUAUCCACAUUUUUUUACAUUUAAUUAUCAUUUUUCUUACUUUUUAAUUUUUUUUAAUUUUUUUUCGGCCGCCGGUGAACCUAAUUGCCGGCAGCCAGAGCUCAAUUACAUCAUAGAAAAACAGAAUUACUAGGAAAUCAAUGGCAAAGGGUGGUCGGAAAUUGACCACCAGCCGCAGCGAACGCUAUUUAGGAAGUUUCAGUGGGGAGGCGGCGGCGGCGAGCUCUGCAUCGGAGCUGAGAGAAGAAGACGUCUGGUCAGUGACCGACGGCGCCGCCGCCGCCGCAGCAAAUGGAGAGUGGGGCUCACGCGCUUCCGCCGCCGGCAAUGGGAGCUUCCGCCACUCGCGGCAGUCCGGCCACAGGCAAGUCGGCGGCCUGUCGUUGGCGUUCGACGAGCCCGGAGGCGCGGCGUCGCGGAGGAUCGUCCGCCAGUUCCUGACGCAGGAUGACGUGGCGGGGUCGCCACGUUGCAUGGCCAUGUCGGCGCCGGUCAACGUGCCCGACUGGUCAAAGAUUUACCGGGUCGACUCGGUCGAGUCGUCGUAUGACGCUGUCCACGCGGACGACGGGUUGGACGACCCCGAGAUGGUUCCGCCGCACGUGUACCUGGCGCGCGAGCACUCGCGGAGUCGGAACUCGGUGUUUGAGGGAGUCGGGCGGACGCUCAAGGGCAGGGAUUUGAGCCGGGUCCGGGAUGCGGUGUGGAGCCAGACCGGGUUCGAUGGCUAAUUAUAUGCCAUGUAUGUUUAAUUAUUAGUACUAUCUCUUUGUGUAUUUCUUUUCUUUUCUUUUCUUUUGACAAACUUGGAUAUUUGUGAACGGGUGAUGACUGAUGACUCAGCCAAGGAAGGAAGUUGGCCUAAUUACAACAGAAGAUUGGUUCAAUUCCUUCUUUUGCUCAAGUGUAUUUAGUUAUGUGGUCAUUUUGCCUCAAUCAUUAUUAAGAUGUAAAGAAUUUGGUAGUUGUAUUUGUAUAGAUGAUUAAUGUAACUUAAGAUUCAUUAAUUUUUAA